AUGCGGACGAACGGCGACGAGAAGGAGGAAGGCGGCGACGAAGAUGAGUGCAAUGCUGAUAGCUGGGUCAGAAACUUCGGCUACUACAAUGAAUGGGCAGUGUCGCUUCUCCUCAAAAAUCCACAAACAAUGAAGAAGCUUCAACACGAGAUAGAAACACACGCAGGCCAUGAUCAACUCUUGAAUGAAUCAAACGCUUCCAAAAUCAAGUACCUGCAGAACAUAAUCACUGAGACACUUCGCAUAUACCCCGUAGCACCACUUCUCUUACCUCACGAGUCUUCAAGUGAUUGCAAUGUUUGUGGUUAUGACAUACCGAAAGGGACAAUGCUGCUUGUGAACCUGUGGACACUGCAGAAGGACCCUAACUUAUGGGCUGAUCCUACAAGAUUUGUUCCAGAAAGAUUUGAUGAUAACGGAGAUGGUAGUAAAGUUUGUUAUAAUAUGAUUCCAUUUGGUGUUGGAAGACGAGCUUCCCCUGGAGAAAGUACGAGGAGUCAAACCAUUAAUGUUACUUUUUUUCAUUAG